UUAAGCUUUGCAAAAACUCAACGAGUUACUCGCAGAAAUAUGUAGACUCCGAGCGGAAAAUACCUCUUGAGCGUUGCAUUUGUGGCCCAAGAUUAUUUCUUAAACAUGAAGAAAAUGACCAUGAGUCCAAGGGGAAAAGAACGAUUGGAGGCCACCCAGCAACUCGGCUGUUUUCCUCGAAAUGGAGAUAAGUUUAGAAACUCACCCGGAUCUUCCAGGGAAAAUGGCGAUGGAGAUGCCUUAAGGAAGACUGCCAAAGAUGUUUUCGACGAAAAAGAGAGAGAACUUGUAGAGAUUCGAAGCUACUGGCAGGAAGAGUAUAAAGUCAAGGUUGGCGAGGUCUCAAAUCUUGAAGCUGCUCUUAAGGAAGCUGUUGAAUCGCGAAACACCGAGGUCGAAGAACUCAGAAUGUACUACGAAAAUACCAUACGUGUCCAGAAUAGUGAGAUUUCCGAGCUGAGGCGGACUUUAGAUGAACUUAUGGCGACCAAAGAGGAGAUUCUUGCCUCUGCAGAAAAAUCAACGGAAAGCAGGUUACGCGCAAAAGACGCAGAAGUGAUGAGGUUGAGAAUCUGGCUCGAGGAGGCAAAAAAGUCCAAUGCUCAGGGAAGGGAGGUUUUGCAUUCUUACCAAGGAAGGCUGCGGGAUAAGGAAAUGCAGAUCGAAGAACUUAAAGAGUCAAACGGGGAGACUGUCAAGGCUCUGGAACAGGAGUUGGAAAAACUAAAAGCGAUUUUGUCAGAGAUUAUAGAAGAAAAAUAUGAAGACAAUGAAAGUUCAAAGCGCACCCUCGAUAGCGUGAUAAAAGAAAAGGAAAAGCAGAUGGAUAUGAUUAAAGAAUCGUCGAAUAAUGUUAUCACGAUUAAAGUUGAAGAAAACGAACGUAAAGAAAAAGACAUUCAACGCCUACAAGCAGAGUUAUCCGGUAAAGAAGCAGAAGUUGUCAUGUUAAGAGAUGCUGUUACAAAAUUGCAAAGCACGAUAGCAGAACACAAGAACGAGCGGAAGAAACUGAGAGAAGCUUUACGGUCCGCUUCUGAAUCAAGAAACAUUGAGAUGGAUGUCGUUCAUAAAUGUCAGCAGCAACUUAUAGAGCAGAAAGGAAAGCAGUUGAUAUCAACAGAAAUGUUAAUAAAAGAAAAGGACAGACGCAUAGGGGAAUUGUCUGCUAAAGUCGGGUUAAUCGAGGCGCAGUUAGCAAGUGAGCUGUCUCAGAAAAGAAACGAUAGAGAAAUCAAUUCAGACACACCUUUGAUGAUGAAAAAGAUGAAUGAACUAAAUGAAAAACAAGUGUUAUCAGAUGAUGCUCGUGCCAAGGAAUACAAAAUUAGUGACCUUCAAAAAAGGCUUAAGAUUGAAUCUCAGGAGAAAGAACUCUUGCAGCAGGAAUGUGAUUCCCUGAAUCAAGACCUUGAUAACUGGAGAUGUGCAAUGAAGCUGAUAGAAGAGGAGAGAAAUUCCCUCGAGAAUGAAGUGAAACGAGUCGUAAGCGAGCUGGAGGGUAAAAGCAGCGCUUGUUGCGAGCUUGAAUCCAAGUUGCAGUCGUUAGAAUCUGUUCGAAAGAAUCUCGAAGACGUGAUUGGCCAGCUUCGUAAAGAAAACGCGGAUUCCUGUCAAGGAAAAAAAAGUCUGGAAUUUGUUAUCCGGGAGAGAGAUCAAGAAAAUAACAUGUUAAAGGAAAAAUUGAAUAUUUCUGAGAGGAAAUUUGCUUUGGAAAUGGAGCAUAGAGCUGUAAAAGAGCGUAAUAAUGUGGACAUGAUAGAAGAUUUGGAAAAAAGAUUUGAAGAAACUCAGGAUGAGAAUGAGAAGCUAAAGAUCAACCUUGAUGAGCGAGAAAAAGACGUAGCUAACUUAAGCAGCUUGCUAGAAGAUGCAAAAGAGCAAGAACACAAACUGGUUGCAGAGCUGGAUCAACUAUCUGAAGAGCUGGAAAUUCUAAAGGUAAAGUAUGGACAGGGGAACGCUGAUAAAGAGGCGUUAGAGAGGUCGUUAACAAAUUCUGUAUCCCUGAAACAAAAAGAUCUUGAAACAUUGCAAGAACAAUUUGAGAAAAGUAGUAAGGGUUGGCAAAAAGAGUUAGAGAAGCGUGACCAAUGUUGGAAAGAAGCCCUGAGAGCCAAGGAUAAUCUUCUGAAAGAUGUGAAAGCAUCCUUUGACGAAACGGCUAAGUGUAAAGAGGAAGAAAUUAAAGAGCUUCAGAAAUCAUUGCAAGAAGCAAAAGUAGAGUUCUGCUCAGUGAAAGAAGCAUUGGAAAAAAGGCUGAAAUUGAGAGAGGAGGAAAUUUAUUUUCUUGAGAAGACAUUUGAAGGAAGUUUACGGGAAAAAGAAGAAAAGCUUGCGGGAAUUCUAACUGAUAACGAGGACAUACUAGAAAAAAGCGACGAAAAGGAGAAAGAAAUGGAAAAAUCUAAGGCCGAGAUGGACAAACUUACUGAAUUAAUGCGACUAAACGAACAGGAACUUACUGAAAACAAGCAAAGAAUGGCAGAACUUGAAGUUAAAUUAAGAGAGAAAGAAGAGUUGUUAGAGAAUGCUGAAACCGAAAACAGAGAACUGCACUCCCACUUAAACAUUGAGGAAGAAAACCACGUUGUAGAAAUAAAGAAUGUAAUUCAGUCGGCCGAAGAAGGAUUUAGAGAAAGGGAAAAUGUCGCGGAAAGGAUGAAGGCCAUAAUACAGGAAAACGCUGUGAAAUAUCGUCUAGCUGCACGGAAAAAGGAUGAUACGAUUUUAGGUUUAAAGAGUAUGUUGGAAAGUCUAGAAAAAGACACAGCAGACAUGCGAGUCAAUUUAGCCACCAUUAUCCAAGAAACAAGUGAUAACGAAGCGAAACUAAAACACGACUUGAAAAUACUUGGUAACGAAAAAAUGUCUCUAGAAAGCAGGUUGUCUGAGCUGACAAAAUCUUUGGAGAGGCGUGAUGAAGAAUUAAAGCUACAUGAAGAUGAACAACAGAGGGUCCUAGAUGCGUUGACACGCGAGAGACUCAGUUUGAAAGAAUCACAAGAGAAUUAUCUAUCGCUAAAAAGGGAAGCAGAACAAAAAGAGCAAACUCUGCGACAAACAACGGAAAAGUGUGAGGAGUUGGGACGAGAGUUGGAAGAUUUCAAUCAAGUCAAGUCUUUGCUGCAGUCAACAGAAAGAGAAAAAACUUUAGCGGAGGAAGGGAAACAAGAUCUUAUUCAAGAGUUACAUAUGUUGAAGCGAAAGUCUGAUGCAAAAGACGGUCAAAACAGUAUUUUGUUACAAAAGGUUAAGAUGCUCAAAAAGAACCAUUUCGAAACAGCUCAAAAGCAGGAAAAGUUGGAGGAAAAUGUGGUUACUUUGCAGAUUAAGCUAAAUGAGAGAGAGACCGAGAUAAAUGAGUUAGAAAAAUAUCAAGCAAACGCAGAAGAGGAAUCUACCCGGCAGCUGGAGCUUCUGGAAGAAAUUAGACUAAGAAAGGAUGAAGUGGAAGAACAGAUGAAAGAACUUAAGGAAUUAGUAAAUGCACAGAAAGUAGAAAUAGAGGGCGCAAAACAGAGGGAGGAUGAGCUGAAACAAGCUAUUCAAGAGCUAAUGAGAAGUUUAGAGGAAAACGAGCUUAACACCAUAGCGCUCGUUUCAAAUGUCAAAGAAGGAAAAGCCGAGAAUGAAAGAAUCUGCUCAGAAUACGACAACUUCAAGACAUCUGCACUGACUAAGCAAGACCGUAUGCAGAAGGAGUUAGAUCAUUUACACACUAAACUGGACAGACAUGAAGAAUUGCUCGUUCUGCUAAAGAACGAGAAGGAAAACUUGAUAUCAGAGCUUGGCAAGGCCAGACAAGCCGAUGACAACAGCAGAGCAACUUUUGAAUAUUAUGUUGUAAAUCUGAAAGGAGAGAACGAGAGCCUUUCACAAAAUAUUGCGUCUUUAAAUGAAGAAUUGAAGGUCAGAGUCGCAGAGAUUUCAGAGCUUAACGCUGCCUUGACUUCUACAAAUGUUUCAAAAGAAUUUCUGAUGCAGGAAAUUAAGAAUUUGAAAGUUUCUUCCUCGGCUAAAGACGCGAGCUUGUGUGAGGCUCACAAAUCGCUGGAGGCUAUACAGAAGGAGGAAAACUCCCUGAAACAUGAGGUAAAGAGUUUGGAGGCUAGGUUAAACCGUGAAAUAAGCGAGAAGAAUAAUUUGAUACAGAAUUUCGAAGAAGUUAAAAGUACCACUAUACAAUUAAAGCAAAAAAUGGACGACGUGCUCUUGGAAAAGGAGAACAUGAUAAAAAGUUUGGAGAAAAUGAUACUUCGAAUUAAACAAGAAAACGAAAUUCUUAAGGCGCGUCUCAUGAAGUGCGAUGCCGAACUGAAGGCUGACAAGAAAUGUGUUGCAGGUCUUUUGGAAAAGCGACAUGAAAUGAGUGCUCAAAUUGAAUCGCUGAGAAAGGAUAAAGAAAUCUUGUCAGUCUCUCUCAAAGACAUGGAUAUGCUUCCAGUAAAACUCAAGACUACUCAAGAAUCCUUAUGCAAGACGAAAGAUCUGCUGAAAGUUCUAAAAGAAGAGUUGAAAGAAAAGACGGAAGAGAGGAACUACCUGUCAAAAACUGUUCGUGAUUUGGCGUCCACGAAUGGCGAGCUGAAGGAGAAACUUGAAGUGCAAACCACAGUUAAAGAAGCUGAACUGGCCCUAAUAAGAAAACAGCUUGAUGACAAGAAUAAAGAGUUUUACGAUCUCAAGGUGGCUAACACUGCGCAAGAAAUGGGACUAAGAGAUGCUCUGUUUAAGAUCAAGGAUUUGGAGAGUUCCCUUAAGAACGAGGCGGGCUUUCAUCAAUCAAUAGCACUCAGCUUUAGCGGAAUAAAACUGGCCGUUAAAUACUUUGAAACGCUGAAAACUCAAUAUUAA